UUGUUCAGUCAUUCAGUUAGUUUGGCACGACGAUGAAGAACUGUCCGAGUCGAAUCCUGAUUGAAUCGUCCCCCCACCGGUUGGAGUCCGCUUAUAAGGAAGUGUUCACCGAUGCUGCUCUGGACUUUUUGGUGGAGCUUGUAUCCGAAUUUGAUCAAGAUGUGGAUCUGAUUUUACAGAAUCGCGUUAAACGACGAGUGUUACUCGAACAAGGUGACUGGAUACCGGAGUUCAAAAACCACAGUGAAAAGUUGGAAUGGAAGAUCGAUGAACUGCCCCAGAGGUUGCGCAAUCGGAAACUGGACCUUGGCGAUGUAAGUCCGGCUAAUACGGUGCACUUUGUCGAUUGUUUGUAUGCAGACGUACAAGGAAUCCAGGUGGAUUUCGACGAUGGUCAUUGCCCGACAUGGCGGAACACGGUACUGGGCUUAUAUAAUGUGGCAAAAGCAGUUCAAGGAACCCUUAAAGGCGCCCCUGCAGACGUGCGAUCGUAUCCGCUACUGAUGCUGCGUCCGAGAGCUUUCAACAUGAUUGAACACCACUGCAUCAUAAACGGGAAGGAAGUGAUUGGUCCGCUUUUCGACUUUGCCAUUCUCAUGUACCACAACGCUCGUACUAUGGUUGAACUUGGUAUAGGGCCCUAUUUCUACUUGUCGAAGAUUGAAGAUCCCAGUGAAACUGAGCUAUGGAACAAAAUUUUCUGCUGGACGGAACAUCGCCUUGACAUCCCCAAGGGAUCGAUUAAAGCGUGCGUGCUCAUCGAGAACAUCCUAGCGGCGUUUCGGAUGGAAGAUAUUCUGUACUCUCUCAAAAAUCACGCUAUUGGAUUGAACUGCGGUAUUUGGGACUAUUGUGCGAGCAUUGUAGCGAAGUUUGGAAAGCGAGAGAAGUUCCUGCUUCCCGAUCGCAACAAGUACGUCAAUAUGGGGCAACCGUUUUUAAGGAAUUAUAUGCGCCUGCUGGUCAAUGUUUGCCACAAGAGAAACGCUCUGGCAACCGGUGGCAUGGCGGCUAAAGUGCUUCCGUCUGGCAAAGAGAAACUCGAACUUAGCGACGAACACAUUAUCGAAGCCGUUAAAUUAGCCAAAUCAGUUGAAAUCGAUGCCGGCGGCGAUGGAUUCAUUAUAUACGACCUGCGAAUGGUGGGCGCGAUCAACGAGCUGUGGGAGCAGAAAAUUCACACAGAUAAUCAGCUUAAUGUGAUACCGAAUGUGGAUCGAAUUACGGCCAGCAGUUUAUUGCAAAUUCCUAGCGGAGGUGUGACAAUCACUGGUCUUAAUAACAACAUCACGGUGGCCCUUCUGUUCAUUUAUCACUGGCUCACGGGAAGCGGUAUAUUUUUCUUGAACGGAUCCGUGGAAGAUUCGGCCACGGCCGAAAUUUCCCGUUCGCAACUGUGGCAGUGGAUCCGCAUGGGCGCCAUUAUUGAGGAUACGGAAGGCACCUUUGUGACGCGUAAGUUAGUUUACCAAAUGCUCGAUCAAAUCAUUUCAAACGCGUACAGAUUGUGGUGCAUCACACCGCCCGAUCGCAAACGGUUGCUUUCCUCCAAGUACAUGCUACUGGAUAUCAUUUCAACGAGAAACUACAUCGAAUUUAUCACAACGCAUCUAAACGAUGGCCAUAAGUUUCGAACGCUGCACAAUAAAAACGAUGGCCUGAUGGCCAAAUUGUAA